CCGCCAUGUCCUUCUAUAUUCUUUGUUAUACUGAUUGCCCGCAAUGAUAAGACGCCGAAUGGGACUGGUGGAGGGGUGUCUGACUUCCUGGUAUUAGUUCAUCUCUGCUGACAGAGGCAUGAGACAUGGUACUGUUGUUGCCUGCCACGUUUUACUGUGGGGUUUAGCACCUCCUGCUUCUUAAUUGCCUUUUUGCCCUGCCUGUCAACAGUCCUAAGCAGGCAAGUGGAGUGUAAGACAGAGACAACUCCAUUUGUUGGACUACCAAAGGAUAUCUGAGCUUCGGAUUGUCUUUUCUCUGCUUAGUGUAUUUGCUAAGAGAAAAAUUUCUUCCUGGCAUGGCUCAUGGGAAGGCCUUAAACCAUGAACUUUCUAAACUUUUCAAUGAGAUGUGGGAUGUGGAUGUUAACCGCUUUAUGCCUGGGAAAGACUACGCAAUUGAAUUGCAGGGAAAAGCAAGUGACAAUGCUACCCGAGACAGUGCAGCCAGACAUCUGUUUCACUACGUAAAUGAAGAACGCAUGAAGAGCAUAAAAACUUUUGCAACCUUUAUUUCCUUAUUGGACAACUAUGAGACAUCAACUGGUGUAGCAGAAGUAGUGACUCCAGAAGAAAUAGCUGAAAACAAUAAUUUUCUUGAUGCUAUCUUAGAAACUGAAGUCAUGAAACUAGCUCAUCAGUAUCUGAUUAAAAAAAACCUGGCAGAGCCAAACCUUACUGAUUUCAAAUCUCAGCUCUAUGACAUCUGGUUUCAGCUCUAUGCCAGAAAAGAAGGCAACAGACUUGAUUCCUGCGGUUUUGAACAUGUUUUUGUUGGAGAAACAAGCCGUGGUAAACAGAUCUUAGGCUUGCACAACUGGGUGCAAUUUUACCUUCAGGAAAAGCGUCACCAAAUUGACUACAAGGGAUAUGUUGCCCGGCAGAAUAAAAACAGGGAAUCCAAAAUCUUCUCAGUCACUGACUUCUCCCACUCAUCCUCUUCCAGCUGUCAUUUGUGGCUAUUGCACAUACAGCAGCUGUCUACAGUUCUGGGCUCCUUCAAGACAUCGGAGGACUAAAAAGCUCAAAGUAAAACAAGUCCUUCAAACACAAAAUUCCUUUGCAGUUCCCUUGUCUUUAAGUGAAACUGGACAGGAACCUGUUAGUCUAGAUGCCUUUUAAGCCUCAGUGCAGUGGGUUCCAAAAGGUCCCAUGUUGGGAAUUACUAAGCCCAGGCUAGAAAGGGUACUUUGCUGAAGAGGCAAGUUAUUAUGGGGUUUGUACAAUAUGCAAUGUUGGAUUCUUAUUGCUGGGAGAUCUGGGAGCUCACCCUUUGGAAGCCGAAACUAUUGAAAAGACUUCUUCAGCUUCAGUGAUUUUUGAAUUAGACUUAUUCUGUGCUGUUGCUUCCUUCUUCCAACCCAAGGCCUGUAAAUCUCAGCUCUGAAAAUUAUGCAGCACUGACAGCUUAGAACUGGAGUACCAAAAAGUGAAGCUUAAAAGCUGUUUUAGGAUAUUGCAUUCAAGCUUAUGAGGUAAAAUAGAAAGCUUUGUCUAGAUCUACUGCUUACUCUGAGGUGGGUGAGGAGAGCACAGGCUGAUGCACCAGCUCCAAAUGCCAUGUCCCCUUGGCAGCAGUGUUGGUGGGGUCUGGAGCAGACAGCAUUGCAUGGUGAGCCACUAGCUGUCCCCUCUCAGUUGCUCCCAGGGCACAGUGAUGGGCUGGGCUGUUACUGCCCCUCUUAGAGCAGCUCCAACAGCCUGGCUACCAGGGCACUGUACAAAUGGGGCUCUACAAACCAGUGGGAAGGGUUGUUUUUUUAUGUUUCCUGGCAGAAAAGUGCUAUUCCACCAAUUCUAAAGGAAGCAGAUGAGGUCGUCUGUCCUCUUUCACAGUCUUAGGGAUCUUUCUAGUACCCAGUGAAAGCGUGGGAUGCCAAAGUAUGUCUGGUGAGUUUUUCAGUUGUAUUUUCUUACUGGUUAGAAAGUCCUUCUGUGUACAGUCAGGUUGUGCUGGCCCCAGGGGUCUUGCCUAGCAGGUGCUGCAGAAAUCAGCUCACCAGUGCAGCAUGGGGCCCCCAGGCAUCAGAGGUGGGUGCCACCAGUAACCCUACGCUGUUUCGAGCGUGCCGGUGUGAAUGCUGAGCAGCCUGUGAGGAACCGUUACAGUGCCAAACGGAGCGUAGGUAUAGGUACGGCGACAAAUGGAGCACAGGUACUUCCAACGGCUAGCCACUGGGAGCUGCUCCUCUGCUGUUCCUGACUACAUGUGCGAACAGAUACUACUGCUACAGGCUCAAGUGCUUUGAACCUAGUCUUGCCCAGGUGCACACAAGCAGAAGAAAUGCUAGCACUCCCUUGAGUCCAGCUCCUUUUGCACGUGAAACGAUUUCUAACAGCAGUGCUGGUGUUUAGGGAAUUGCAACAUUGCUGAUGCUUAAUGGAUACGAAGGAACACAUAUGCUCCAGAGGAUAGGGAAAAGGCUCUGCUCCAGCUAUAGGACUGUGGCAUAGCAGGGAUAUGGCAGGGUGAGGGACAUCAUGUGCCUCUCCAGGUAUUGUGCUUGAAUCUAUCACAGAAGUAUGAAGAAGCCAGUUCUAUACCUUGGUCUCUCCAGAGCAUAGGUUUCAGACUUUCUAGUCACAGAUCACCUGUGACAGAAGCAGAUUCACUGUGGCAGUGGGCUAGAGAGAGAUCCAGACUGGGACAGGCAAAGGAGCUCGAAGGGCUUGGACACUCAUCUGUAACACUUGCUUCUCAAUGAGUAUCUCUAUGAGCUGGGAGGCUAAGUUUUUUCUUGGCCUUCCACAAAAAUGCCAGCUGUAACUCAUUUGAAAUGACAUUCAAUAUAAAGGAAUCUACUCUAUUUUGAUAUCUCUGGGGGAACAGGAAUAGAGGAAAAAAGCAAGGGCACUGGCCUAAACUGCUUUUUAUCUAUUGUCUUCAGAGGUGUAACAUUUCUUUAGGUGGGAAAGAUAAAACAGUUCUCAAUGCCUGGAACCAUAAACAGGAACCACUUACAUCCAGUAAAAUUUAAAAGAAGUCUGAACUGUGGGCUCACAUCCGGAACUACAUAACAGUUCUUUUACAUCCCUCAUUCCCAGUGCUCACUCUUGACACAAACCCCUGUAUGGCAGAGUGCUGAAUCCUGCAAUUUCUUCUAAAAUCCAGAAUCUAAAAUUGCAGCUGCCUGGUCACACCUCUGUUGGAGAUUAUUCCAUUGUUUGUUUCUGCUUUCAGCCUGACGAAGAUGACCAAGUUUUGAGCCUCCAGUUCACUUGGAAGGGCUUGGUAAAGCCAAUUGGAAGCACCUUUAUUGGUGUCAGCCCUGAGUUUGAAUUUGCCCUUUACACCAUCAUUUUUCUGCUGUCUAAAGA